UCUGUUGUGUUGCAAGUGGAGCUCAUUGUCAUUCUACUUGGUCGUGUGUUGAGAUAUGGUUCUCAUCAGAUCUAGCUUAUUUCAGAUUCUUCGUUGGUCCUUAAUCUCAUUUCAACACACAUAUCACCCAUUUCAUGUGUACGCUAGUAUGAUUAACUCGUGUUAUUUGACUGCUGUCAGCGACCUCAACAUACCUUGAGAAAGGGAAAUGCAUCGGCAGAUUUUUUAGACAAGAUCGACUCCUCUUCCAAAAAUAAAAACUCAUUUGGGUGUUUCUCUCAUUCUGAUCAGCAAUUAUUCAGGUGUUGUGCUCCUAAGAACACCUUUGAUUUCAUCUUCCAUGGACUUCAAAUCUUGCUCAUCAUUAAUGGGUUGAAGAUUUUCCUUGUCUUUGUCUUGGUGUGUUGUUAUUAAUUGGUGGGAACUUGCAAGUUGCAACUUGUUUUUAUUGUGGGUGGUGGUCAAUGAGUUCCAUCAAAGGGUUCAAGAAGAGGAAGAAGACUGAAAACAAAGAUGACCACACUGCAACCCCAUUGUACUCCCAACCCUCCGAUUGGUGGCAUCACUUCUCCCACAGAAUUUCAGGACCUUUAGCUCAAUCUAAAGAUAUAGGGAAAUUUGAGUCAGUUCUCAAGAUCUCAAGAAAGACGUUCAACUAUAUUUGUUCUCUUGUGGAAAAAGAUAUGCUGGCCAGAUCCUGCGUUGAUCUAAAUGGAAACCAUUUAUCUUUGAAUGACCAAGUAGCUGUUGCUCUUAGAAGGCUUAGCUCUGGCGAGUCAUUGUCAACCAUUGGCGACUCAUUUCUUAUGAACCAGUCAGCUGUUUCCCAGGUAACAUGGCGGUUUGUGGAAGCUAUGGAAGAGAGAGGGCUCCACCACCUUAGCUGGCCUUCCACCGAAACUGCAAUGGAAGAGAUAAAGUUCAAGUUUGAGAACAUUCGGGGCCUUUCUAAUUGUUGCGGUGCAGUUGACAGCACACACAUACUGAUGACUUUGCCCUCCGGAGACACUGAGAAUAGUGUAUGGCUUGAUCGUAAGAAGAAUUGCAGCAUGAUCUUGCAAGCCAUUGUGGACCCUGAUCUGAGAUUCCGCGAUGUAGUUGGCGGAUGGCCAGGGAGUCUGAGUGAUGAAUAUGUGCUCCGACACUCGGAGUUUUUCAAACUUGCUGAAGAAGGGAAGAGGCUAAACGGGGCGGAGAAAAUGCUCCCGGAGGGAACUGCGUUGAGGGAAUAUAUAAUUGGGGAUACGGGGUUUCCCCUUUUGCCAUGGCUUCUCACUCCUUAUGAAUGCAAAGACCUCUCGGAUGUCGAGGUUGAGUUCAAUAAAAGGGUGGUUGCAACCCAUAUGGUGGCUAAGAGAGCACUGGCUAGGCUGAAGCAGAUGUGGAAGAUAAUUCAAGGUGUGAUGUGGAAGCCUGAUAAGCACAAGUUACCAAGAAUUGUCCUUGUUUGCUGCAUACUGCAUAAUAUAGUGAUUGAUAUGGAGGAUGAAGUGAUGGAUGAAGUGCCCUUGUGCCCUCAGCAUGAUUCUGGAUAUCAAGACCAGACUUGUGAAUUUGCUGACAACACUGCCUAUACAAUGAGAGAGAAGCUUUCCCUCCACUUAUCAGGCAAUCUUUCAACUUGAAAGAUUUUUUUCUUGUGAUUGUUACAAUUUAAUUGGAGUCAUAUUGACAUGGAUUUUUACUCCUAUUUUCAUGUUGGUUGGCAACUAAGUUUGACACAAAUAAAUAUCAAUUGUUUAA